AUGUAUGUGUUACCUUAUGGUCACUCCAGGGAAACUCGCCACUUACGUUUGCCUCUGGUCGAGCAUCCUGCCCUUCAGGCAAGCCCUUCAGGCUUGGUUGUAAUCCAGCUGGCUCUGACAGAAGCGGUUUUUAAUGCAAAAACAGCAGAGCUCUUGAGUCACCAUCAAGUUGAGAUACAGCAGAAAUUCCCUAAAGAAGGAUGGGUGGAACAAGAUCCGAAGGAAAUAUUAAAGUCUGUCCAUGAAUGUGUGGAAAGGACCUGUGAGAAACUACAACAACUGAACAUAGACAUCACUAACAUAAAAGCCAUUGGAGUCAGCAAUCAGAGAGAAACAACAGUGGUUUGGGACAAGACAACUGGAGAACCUCUUUAUAAUGCUAUUGUGUGGCUUGACCUGAGAACCCAGUCAACAGUUGAACGGCUUCUUAAAAAAAUUCCAGGAAACAACAAAGCCUAUUUUAAGUUUAGGACUGGUCUUCCACUUAGCACUUAUUUUAGUGCGGUAAAACUUCGAUGGCUUUUGGAUAAUGUGGAAGAGAUUAAGCGAGCAGUUGAUGAUGGAAGAGCUAUGUUUGGGACUAUUGAUUCAUGGCUUAUAUGGAGUUUGACAGGUGGAAAGAAUGGAGGUGUUCAUUGUACAGAUGUAACCAAUGCCAGCAGAACAAUGUUGUUCAAUAUUCAUUCCUUGGAAUGGGAUCCUGAGCUCUGCCAGUUCUUUGAUAUUCCUAUGGAAAUACUCCCAAAAGUACGAAGCUCCUCUGAGAUUUAUGGCCUGAUGAAAAUCUGUCCUAGCCUGAAAUCUGGAGCUUUGACAGGUGUACCAAUUUCCGGGUGCUUGGGUGACCAGUCUGCUGCUCUUGUUGGGCAAAUGUGUUUUCAAGAUGGGCAGGCAAAGAAUACGUAUGGAACAGGAUGUUUCCUGCUGUGCAAUACAGGUCAGAAGUCUGUCUUUUCUGAGCAUGGCCUUCUAACCACAAUAGCUUACAAACUGGGCAGAGACAAACCUGUUUGUUAUGCACUAGAGGGAUCUGUUGCAAUAGCUGGUGCUGUUGUUCGUUGGCUGAGGGACAAUCUAGGUAUCGUUAAGACUUCACAGGAAAUUGAAAAACUGGCCGCCGAAGCGGGGACAUCUUACGGCUGCUACUUUGUGCCAGCGUUUUCAGGACUGUAUGCACCAUACUGGGAACCCAGUGCAAGGGGUAUUAUCUGUGGCCUUACUCAGUUUACAAAUAAAAACCACAUCGCCUUUGCUGCGUUAGAAGCGGUCUGCUUUCAAACACGAGAGAUUUUAGAUGCCAUAAACAAGGACUGUGGGAUACCACUAAAUCAGUUACAAGUAGAUGGAGGAAUGACCAAUAACAAAGUCCUCAUGCAACUCCAAUCAGACAUUCUUUGUAUUCCAGUAGUAAAGCCAUCAAUGCCUGAAACAACAGCUCUAGGAGCUGCUAUGGCAGCAGGAGCUGCAGAAGGAGUUGGAAUUUGGAGUCUGAAUCCUGGAGACUUGACAGCAGUGACAUGUGAACGAUUUGAACCACAGAUCAACCCAGAGGAAAGUGAAUUUCGCUAUGCUAGAUGGAAGAAAGCUGUAAUGAAAUCUAUGGGCUGGGAGACAUCUGAAGCUCCUUCAAAUGGUAAACCAGAAAUUAAUGGAAGUCAAGUAUUAUUAAUUAGCCAGUUAGCCUAGGUAGUUAGCUAAGCUUGAGUUUGGUGACCUUUUCUGUUCAUACCAACUCUGGACUAUUCCAAUGAUUUAAAAUGACUACUUAAAACCACUGUGGAAACAAAGCAGGAAAACAGAUAGAUAGGUCUUCCCCUUGAAAAGAGGGCACCAGCAAUAUCUCGUAGGGCUCUAAAAACCGAGGACAUGAAAUCAAAACUAACUGCAGGUUUUGCAGAAUAGGAUUGGUUUACAAAAGAA